UUUUUCUUCCUGACCCUUCUCUCUUUCUAAAAAUUGCAUUAGAUUUAAUUAAUUCCACAUCAAUGGCGCUAUAUAUACCACUGCCCAUGCAACCUACCUAGUUGCCUUCAACCUAAGUGAAGCUACUACUCGCCAUUGAUAAAUUGAGAGAUUUGCUUAGCUUCCAUUGCCAUUGAUCUUUCAUUGAGCUUCUAAUUAAGCUAAUCCCAUUAAUCAGUUGCUAAUUACAAUUAGAUACAGAAUUAGGCUAUAGCUAGUUAAGGAGAAUGCCAUCUCUGCAACUGCAAGAAGCGGCGGCGGUGGAUGAGGCGGUGAGCAGCAUGAUGAGCCUGCUCGGCGCCGCCAUGUCGUCGGAGAAGAAGGGGUCGGCGGCGGCGGCGGCGGAGCAGAGGGUGGAGUGGCUCCGGUCGCAGCUCAUCGGCAAGGACGCCGAGUUCGACACGCCGUUCGGCCGCCGCCUCCUCACCUACGCCGACCACACGGCGUCCGGCCGGAGCCUCCGCUACAUCGAGGACUACCUCCUCAACGAGGUCCUUCCCUUCUACGGGAACACGCACACGGAGGACAGCCAUGUCGGGAGCAAGUCGACGAGGCUGGUGCACAAGGCGGCGAGGUACGUGAAGCGGUGCAUGGGCGGCGGCGCCGGCGACGCGCUGCUGUUCUGCGGCGCCGGGACGACGGCGGCGAUCAGGCGGCUGCAGGAGGUGAUCGGGGUGGCCGCGCCGUCGGCGGCGCCGCUGCGCGCGCGCCUCGCCGCGGGGCUCCGGCGGGAGGAGCGGUGGGUGGUGUUCGUGGGGCCGUACGAGCACCACUCCAACCUGCUGUCGUGGCGCCAGAGCCUCGCCGAGGUCGUCGAGGUCGGCGUCGACGGCGACGGCCUCGUCGACGUCGCCGCGCUCCGCCGCGCGCUCGCCUCGCCGCGCUACGCCGACCGCCCCAUGCUCGGCUCCUUCUCGGCGUGCAGCAACGUCACCGGCAUCGCCGUCGACACCCGCGAGCUCGCCCGCGUCCUCCACCAGCACGGCGCCUUCGCCUGCUUCGACUUCGCCGCCAGUGGCCCUUAUGUGAAGAUAGACAUGAAGUCUGGCGAAGUUGAUGGUUAUGAUGCAGUCUUCUUGAGUCCGCACAAAUUUGUUGGUGGCCCAGGGACACCAGGCAUCCUUUUGAUGAACAAAUCGUUGUACCGACUCAAUUCUCAGCCUCCCUCAAUGUGCGGGGGUGGAACAGUUGCCUAUGUCAAUGGCUUCAACGAAGAGGAUACCCUCUACUAUGACGAUAUCGAGGAGCGGGAGGAUGCUGGCACACCACCGAUAGUGCAAAAGAUCCGUGCAUCCCUAGCAUUUUGGGUCAAGGAGUACAUUGGAUAUGAAACAAUGGAACUACAUGAGCGAGUGUACUCUGAAAUGGCAAUGAAAAGGCUCCUUGAUAAUCUGAAUAUAAAGGUCCUAGGCAACACAACAGUUGAUCGUCUUCCAAUCUUCUCGUUCCUCAUCUACCCUCCAGUGGAAGAUUCACUUUUUCUUCGGGUUGAGCCCGGUUGCUAUAAUUCAUUGGAAAACAAGACAAACAAGAGACUACCCCUCCAUGGGAGAUUUGUUACAAAGCUUCUUAACGAUCUUUUUGGCAUCCAAGCAAGGGGAGGGUGUGCUUGUGCAGGCCCUUAUGGACACAUUUUGCUUGAUGUUAAUAACGAACUCUCUGUUCGCAUCCGUUCUGCUAUUCUUGAGGGGUACAGUGGACUGAAGCCUGGAUGGACUAGGCUGAGCUUUGCUUACUAUCUCUCAAAGGAGGAGUUUAAAUUCAUCCUUUCCGCCAUUGAGUUCAUAGCGGCAUAUGGUCACCGCUUUCUCCCGCUAUACAAAUUUGACUGGAUCACCGGUAACUGGACUUUCCGUGAGCAGGCAAUCAAAUACCAUGUUUUGAGGGAGGAACUCUCCCUUGCCACUAGUGUGCAAUAUGCAGAAAAUAUUAAGUCAAGAAUUGCAAAGAAUUUGGACAAGAAGCCUGAGCCCAACCAUAUGAGAUUUGAAACCUAUUUGGAGAAUGCAAGGAAAAUUGCACGGUCCUUGCCAAAUAUCAACCAGCAGAUUGUCAGCAUCCCAAAAGGCGUAGAUCCUGACAUGGUCCUUUUUCAUAUAUAGUGAAUUUUAGAUAUCAUGAUUAGGCUACAGCUUGACAGAAAAUUACAUUCAUUGUAUGAUAAUAUAUGUGAAUAGUGAUAGCCGACUACACAGUUAGAGGAUGUGAUGUAAACCUUUAAAAAAUAAAUGUGCCAAAAAAAUGGUACCAAGUAAUAUCAAUUGUAUUUUGAUUUAGAAAUUGGUUUUAACAAUACUACCUCCCACGAAAAUGAUCUCCAUAUCGAAGUAAUAUCAAUUGUUCUUUGAA